AUGCAUGGAAUCUCGAGCGCCCUCACCUACGCGCCGAUGGAGUAUAGUGCCCUUGCCAACGCGCACUCCCGCCAGGAGACGCAGCGGUGUCUGCGUUUGGAUCAUGACGCACACGUGCGCUGCUUUCACACCUCUAGCGUCUUUGCUCUAGCUCUUCCUAUGCACAUCACGCCACCCUAGAGCGAGCAUGCUCGCGAUCGUCACGCUCUCAGUGAGGAGGCGUGCCGCGGUUGCUGCGACGGCAAUCUGUCGCGCCAUGGCGUGCUUGAGUACUGCCACAACGACACCCGGUGGCGUAUCCCUCUGCGACGUCGAGGAGGAAACUGGCAGGCGCUGCUUCUCACCAUGAAGAAGGCUGCACAGAUGCAGGCUGAUAGACCCGCUGUGGUACGUGUGCUCCAGGCCUUCCGCAUGAUUCUGCUCUUCUACAGCACCUGCGUCACCCGUACACCGCUGCCAAAUGGAGUGCGGCGCUCCACUAAGGCCGACCACACGCGGGUGACCGCUGUACUGUAGCGCACCCCCGUACUAGAAUCGUCGCCAGCGCUCGCAUAAAGAGCUGCACAUUAGCUGCAUCGUGCAGUUUGUGAGCAAGGCGAGGGUAAAGCAUCUCCACGUGGGCUGGCUGGAGUUUCUUGCGCACGAGGCAAUGACGCAAGGCCCGCCGAUCGGCGGUGGCAGUGCUGGGGGUGCCUGUGGGGACAGCUUCUUCUGCAUGGAGAUGCCGUUAGAGGAAGCAAAGGAGCGCCGCCUGCAGCAGCACCCCGCGGAUCUGGCGUAUAGCGCGGGGAGC